CGUUUAACUCAUAUCUCAGCGCGAUCGAAAAAAUGCGUAAUAAAUACUUCGCCGUUCUGAUAUGCGCUUCCUGCAUUUGUGGUUGCCUUGCGGAUAGCUACUCCGGGGAUAUCCAAAAUUCGAAUUCUUUGGAUUUCGGCAACGACAAUGGAGGCUACAGCUACAGCUCUCCACCGAGCAACAGCUACCUACCUCCAGCCACCCCCGCACCGGAGUACCUGCCCCCGAAUAAUGGAUACCAAUAUAAUCCACCUCCAAACAACAACUACCUGCCCCCUCCGAACAACAACUAUCUUCCUCCUCCUCCUGAAUAUGGACCGCCCCCGGGAUAUCCUUCGUAUGGCCCACCACCUCCACCCUUUUAUAAGCCAGCUCCCCCUAUGCCCUACCAUUCGCACGAGUCUUUUCUGGAAAAACUAAAGUCCAAGAUCAACUUAUAUACACUUGGAAAGAUACUGCUGAAGCUCUUGAUAUUCAAGAAAAUUGUCAAGUUUAUUGGCUUGAUUUUCCUGCUUUUGGUUUUGCCAAAGCUGAAGAAUAUUUUCAAGGACGAUAUGAUGUCAGGAUCUAGCGAGAGCGAUGGAAUGGAAAGUAAAUUUGUAGAAACAGAUAAGGAUAAAUUAGCUCAACAAAUUGAAGAUCUUUACGAUUUUGUAAUAAAUUCUAUAGAAAAUUUUGAAGGAAGAAGCUCGUAG